ACUGAGUCAGCCGCGUCUCAUUUCUUCACGCCUUCACAGCUCCUGGACGCUUUUUUACGCCGUUGCCGAUUAGGGAGAGCUGCCAGUUACGGUGGAAACUGCGCGUCUUCAACUCGCUGUCUAUGAUUUCAAUGGACUUGGUCAUUAUUGUAGCUCUUGUAGUUCUGCAAGUGUCUCUGCAGCCAUCUCUUGCAGCCUUGUUUACAGUGGAGGCAGAGCACACUUCAUAUAAUUCUGAGUAUGGAGGAAGUGUUGUGAUGGGCUGCAGGUUUUCUUCCAAACCAGCAAAUCCUCAAAAUGACCUCAAGGUUAUCUGGCACUUGAUGGACGCCGGUCCGGAUCAGGAAGUGAUACGGCUAGUUAACAACUUGGAGAGCUCUGUGUCUUCAAAGUUCAAGGGUCGAGUGAAGCUUCUCACCGAUGAACUGAAAAAUAGCUGGGCAAAGAUACAGAUAUCAGAUCUCAGGAUCACUGACUCUGGGAUGUAUCAGUGUUUGGUUCAAACAACAGAAGGGACCGAUUAUAAAACUAUAACUUUGUCAGUUGGAGCACCAUAUCACUCGAUCUCAAAACAGAUUGAGAGGACGGCAGAGGGGGAUAAAGUGGUGUUGACCUGCCAGUCUGAGGGAUACCCUAUGUCCCCCGUUGUGUGGCAGGAUGAGCAUCUGCAGAGUUACAUUUCCAACACCACGACGACAACAACGCCAGACGGUCUCAUUAAAGUCGUCAGUCAGAUUGAAGUCAGCUCUUCAGAGAAAAUAAAAUACACAUGUAACUUUACAAAAGACCACUCGUCUGCAACAUUUCACAUUCCAGAUGAUAUACCGCCCCGUCAAGGAGAAAAUGACAUCCUCAUCGUUGUGUUGUGUUUAGGAUUAGUACUGACUGCCACUGGUCUUGGAGUGGUCAUUUACAGACGCCGAAAAGGUGCCAGAACUUCCAGGACCCAUAGCUGCCUGGCCGGUGAUGAGGAGUCCACGUCUGCAGCUGCCUGCCUACAGAAAGAAAAAGGAAACGAAGUUGAGGAAAUAGUUAUUACUGAAGGGAAGGGAUGCCAGUGAGACUCCAGGAUCUACUCCCAAGUACCGGUGAAGUCUUGUUACCUGAGGGAGGGACCUCCUGGAAGAGGGAAAACUACCAUAGCCGACAUCCUGCCCUCAUCUUGGACCAAUGCCGCUUCUCAUUUCCUUGAUGCCAGCUUUCUGGAUCUUCUUAUGUACGUCAGCUGCAGCACCUGGAAGGUGACUUGCUCCAGGAAGCAACAAGGCGGCUCUCUUUUGGUGAAAAGAUAUCAGCGGAGAAGUUGAGGACUGUUGUGUCCCAGUCUGACAAGACUCUGCUUCGAUUGGGUAAAGACGGGAGCCGCUUCUUUUGCAUGAGACUUUGAGGAGGCUUCUAAUUGAAAGAGGAUCUUGAAGAGUAUUACUCACAUCCUUUAUAUGCGACUGCCCUGCUCUUGAGAAAGAUCUGAAGACGAGCUCGACACCAAUGCACCGAGUACAAUCUGCAAAGUACUGAGGACACAAUGGCGAUGAACAAAAAACAUGUCACUUUUUUUGAAGAAAUGAUAGUAUGUAUAGUUUUUUUUUUAUAAAGCCCAAAUAUGCUGCAACGUAAACACAUUUUAAAAAGUAUGUGCAAUAAAUAUAGACUUUUGUAUUUUUAUAAUUUGACUUUGUUGUCUACUUAAUUGAAGAGACUACAUUU